AUGGGAAUUGUGGCCAACAAUCACAGCCCCUCGCGCUUUCAAUUUGGGAUCAAAACGGCUUUUUUAACAAUUAAAAUCUCACACGCGCUCGCAUUUACACCGGCAGUUAGUGCUACGGGAGCGUCCGCUGCGAGUUCAUCACCGGCACAAACGACUGUCACGACGGGACCGGUGAACACAGGCUUUGAUUUUUGUGCUUUGAGUUCACCGAAACUCAUCGACGCGUUCACAAUCGGAAACACUAUAUACUUCGGUGAAAAGGGAAAGUUAUACAGCGCUCGGAUGUCGGCUCAGGGCUGGCAUUACAACAAUGAAAUGACGAGUAAACAGCUGUUCCCCGGAUCCGACGGUUUUGAUCGUAUUGUAAGCGCCGUGUAUUUCGGUUCACAACAAGAGUGCGACCAAUUGAAGAUCAAAUACACACACGUCGACUGCACCAAUAUUGCCGCCGCUUUUGAUAAAGUGCUGUUAUUUGGACCAUUGAAAGGCUCCUAUGGCGCACAUUUUUUAUACAAAGGCUACACAACAGUGGGCGCCCCGGGAGGCGAUAUCAUAGUCGCGCCGAUUAGUGAUCCAAAGGACAUGCCGUGGGGUUUGCCGGUUGAGGGGCCACUAGACGGCCCAUUCUGGCCGUCAGGCACUAAUAAUUCUUAUUUUUGUGCCGCCUAUCACCCCAUCAAUCGGUUUCUAUUCCUCAACAAAUUUGAGUCACAGAAGCCCGGAUUUCCAGGGAAAUACCCGCUGUAUUUACGAAAGAUCGACGACCAAGUGACCAAUAAUUAUACUUAUCUGGAGCCACCGCACCAAUACUCGGCUCUCAUUUACGCAAAUGACAAUCUGUUUGGAGUCCACUCCUCCUCUGAUUGGCAUCUUCUGGACGUUAGUGACAAGAAUAAGACCCAUUUGGUCGGACACAGCCAACCCACCAAUUGGAAAGAGUUUCUCAAUUGUGGGCUAAAGUCACCCCUUUUUGAUCCGAUGUUUACGACCCACAGUCCGGCCACAACUUUAGCCACAACUUCAGCGACAAAUACAAGCGUCAGUAAUGGCGGACAAACGCCCUCAUCGGCCGCUAAUGACACAACUCUUUCAACCGGUGACACAAGCGCUGACACGAGCGGAACCGUUGGAUCUACUAAUACGAGUAGUGUCACAACGCCUUCGCCGACCAAAAAGUCCAGUAAUACUACUUUUUGGAUCAUUUUGAUUGUCGUGAUUGUAAUCGUGAUAAUCAUUGCAAUCGUUUGUGUCAUCUUUUGCUGCUUUAAAUCGAAAACACCCCCGAAAUCGGCGGACAAGAAGUCCGAAAAGAGUGGACCGAAAUCAAAGGUCGAACCCUCGGGUGGGGCUAAAGGGAAGGGCGAUAAGAAAAGCGACGAAACCGUGCGAUCGGGCCUAUAA